AUGGAUGCCACAAGCGCCUUUGAAAGGGCAUCCGCUGCGGAAAAUAAUCCGCACCCCGCGCAGCGCCAGCGGAUGUUCGCCCACGGCGGAGACCCCAUGGCGGCGCAGCAGCAGCAGCCGGGUGUGAUGGCCCCGACGUCGGGGCAGCCGCAUCAGUUCUCAAAGGACAGCGACGGCCGCUCCAUAUUUGUGGGGAACCUCCCGCGGGGCGAGAACGGCGGCCCAACCACCACGCCGGAGGAGCUGGCGCAGUUUUUUGCCGAUUGCGGACAAAUAUUGAACUGCACUGUUCUGCGUGACCGCGGAACGGGUGAGUUGAAGGGCACGGCAUACGUGGAGUUUGCAUCGUACACCGCCAUGGGGAAGGCCAUUGACACCAAGAAUAAUGCCAGCUUCAAGGGCAGUACCAUCAUUGUAUGUUGA